GCAGGAAGAUGGCCAGGCUAUAAGAGCUGCCGUGCUCCAGACCAGCCCCGCUCCAGCCCGAGUGGACCACGCUACUUUGUCAAGAUGAGCAAGACCUCCCAGACCCAGGAACCGCUCUCCGACCUGGAGAAGGCCAUGGAUGUCAUCAUUGAUGUCUUCCACCAGUACUCCAGACGGGAGGGGGACAGAGACACCCUGACCAAGAAGGAGCUGAAGCUCCUGAUUGAGAAGCAGCUUGCGAACUACCUGAAGCAUGUGAAAAACAAGGCCACCAUCGAUGAAAUCAUGAAGGACCUCGAUAUCAACAAGGACGCGCAGAUCAGCUUCUGCGAGAUGAUGCUGCUGAUCGUCCGUGUGACCAUUGCCACCCACGAACACCUCCACGAAGUUGAGGACCAGCAGCAACAGCAGCACAAACACCAGCACCACCACUGAGCUGGGCUGUGGUCCCUGGCCAAAGGCACCGGGGCAGUGCUUAGAGCCCCCAGCUUUCUCCCCUCCAUCCCUCCCUGCCCACCUUCCUCCUUCCCUUCCUUCAAGUUUGAUGGUUUUGCUGCCAAAUAAAGAUUUGCCCUGAGGCUGUCAAAGCUC